AGGAGGAUUAACGUUGACCUUUUACAGUCGACGUCCUCAUUGCUGCAAGAGACGCGUCGAGUGAGACUUGAGAGGAAAGAAAUGAUGCGUGGGAUCGUGAGGAGCGUCAGUGGCCGGGUCGUCCCUGCUCUGCGGGGCGCCACCAUCAGCCAGAGGGCCAACCUCUACACCAAGCCAGCCAAGGAUAAGCUCGGGGCUGCCGAAACUGCUGUUGGACUGGGGAUGUUCGCCUUCGCGAUCCUGGGACCAUCUGGGUGGAUUCUAGCCCACCUGGACGACUAUAAGAAGAAGGAAUAAGAUGGACCUUUUUAACCCUUAACCUGGUGCACCCAGCUUAUUGUCAUCCCUACUCCAGUAAAAACCCCGGACCACCAUGAUCAGCACGUGCAGGAAGCUAAGAAGAAGCGAGGGAUCACAUUUAAACACACGACUCUCCUACCUCUGCCGACCGUUUACUAACCUUCAUUGAUCAUUUCACACAAAAAAGGCUGUCAAACAGUGGCUUUGUAACCUCAGCUGUAGUACAUCUGGAAGCUCUUUACAAGGAGUCACAACGACAUUAAAUUAUGUUGAAAUUCA